UAAUCUCCAUACUACCCUUCUAAUUAUUAUUUUGAGAAAAACAGUAUCAUCUUCCCCGAUCUCACUUCACGGUACACGAACAGCGGCGGUAGAUGAUGCGAGGGUGGCGGACUUCCCAAGUCCUCCUUGUUGGUGAUGACAUCUCAUCCAUUCAAAAAACGUAGCAUCGGUGACGUGAAAUGGAAACCAGAGUCCAGAGAUGGCUUGAAGCUCGCAAAGCGAAUAUAAUUUGGAAACGUUCGUUCCGUUUCGCCUCCAAGGCCGUCGCAAUGGAGAAAUCUUCCCACACGCUUCUUCCGACUUCUCCGAUGCUUUACGCAGUGAUCUCUGAUCCUACAAUUGUUGAUAAACCAGAUAUUACGAGCUACCAGCCUCAUGUUCACGGCCGGUGUGAUCUGCCGGCAUUGAUUCCACUUCAGAUGAAUGCAAUUUCUGUGGAGGUGGACUGCUAUUUGGAUACCGGUUCGUUACGGUUAACGGAUCGUGGUGUGUUCAUUGUGUUAAGGGAAGCCGGAGCUGUGAUUGCUGCCUUGCGAUCCCAAUGAGCGAGCAGGUAUCCUAGAAAUUCUUUGAUAAGAAAACGUAACUUUCCAAUUUCUCAAUUUAUCCAUCUUUUCUUUGUUUCUACUAUAAGUCUACAACGUUUGUCAAAUGUUAAAUCAAACUUCUUUCCAUUUCAAAUUCCCGGUUAAUUGCUCUGUAUUCAAAACUUGCUCUCUUGGUUUAUAUGUUCUUGUCACAAAAAUCAAGUGAGGAAAUGAAUCUUCAGAGGGAGAGACUGCAGGAAUAGGGUAGCAUGAUGCUGCCAGUGAACUAGAGCCAGCAUCCAACCAUCAUUGCGGUAGAGUGGGUAGGGUCCUGAAUAUUUCAGAUGAUGGAAAAUCCAAAGAAGCUUCUGAUUAUAGAAAGGGGUUCAACUAAAAGUCUACAUUGAUUCGAUUGGUGACAUGUGAUGGGGAUAUGCAAAAAGGGUGAGGUAGCCAUGUAGCCAAAUAGUUUCUGCCUUGCAGAAGCUUAAGAGGGGAAAGUGUGUUUCUGUAGCUUUUAUCGCAGUCAAUUUCCAAGAUUGACCUUUCAACUUGUCAAGAGGUUCAUCCCACAACCUGCAACUCAAGGGGUCUGUAGUACCCAAAAUGUGAUAAUGGAGAGAGAAAUUUCUUAGCCGCACUCUGACAGUGAGGGCAUUACCAGUGUUCUUAAAGAUCUGAAUCAAUUGUCAUGAAUGGCGAACCAUUUUAGUUGAAGAUACUGUUAAUUUUCAUUCACUUUAUCGUGAGUACUGAAUAGUCUGUUGCAGAGGUCAAUGUCACUUGUUGCAUUGUCCAUGCUACAAAAGAAGAGUUAUUGGUAAGAGACAGCACAAAAAUGGUGGAUGGUGUUUUACUUAAUGAAGCUGAUGGUGACGUUAAACAUCCCCAUUUGAAGUCCUUGAGGAUCUAAUCACCAACAGCAGCAGUUGAUGGAUGAGAUCUCCAAUCUCUCCACCCAGUCCAGCUGGACCUUGGCCACUGCUGCAGCCCUUGCUGCCUCGUCUGGUGGUCAAACAGGGGAGUACAGUCAGCUUGGUGGGGUGAAGCAUACUAACCUUGAUG